AUGGCGCCCAACAAGACUCUUAUUUUCAAAAAAGUUCCCAAGGGCCUGCCGGUUCCCGGCCAGGACCUCGUCGUGGAAGAUCGCGAAAUUGACCUCGAGACCCCUCCCAAGGGUGGUCUAGUGUUGGAGGUGCUCGAAGCCUCGUACGACCCAUAUCUUCGCGGGCGCAUGCGCGAGUCCAACACCAAGUCGUACUCGCCACCUUUUGAGCUCAACGGACCCGUCAGCAACGCGACUCUGUCCAGGGUGCUCAAGAGCGACAACCCCGACUACCAAGAAGGCGACAUUGUGCGUGCGUCGACGCCCAUUGCCGAAUACGCGCGCUUGGAUGACCCUGCCAAGUUCCAGGCGUACAAGAUCAAGAACCCGCACAACGUCGACCUCUCCUACUUUCUUGGGCCGCUGGGCAUGUCUGGCCUGACAGCGUGGUCUAGUCUGUACAAUAUCGGCAAGCCCAAGAAGGGCGAGACCAUUUUCGUCAGCUCUGCCGCCGGCUCUGUGGGCCAGAUUGUUGGUCAGAUUGCCAAGCACGAAGGCCUGACUGUGAUUGGCUCGGUUGGCUCAGAUGAUAAGGUUGACUUUAUCACAAAGGAGCUGGGUUUCGAUGCUGGCUUUAAUUACAAAAAGGAGAAACCUGCCGAUGCUCUACCCCGCCUCGCACCGGAGGGCAUUGAUAUCUACUAUGAGAAUGUUGGUGGCGAGCAUCUGGCGGCCGCGCUCGACAACAUGAAAAAUGGCGGCAGAAUCCCCGUUUGCGGCAUGAUUAGCGGUUACAAUCAGGAAGCGAGCGAGCGUGCUAGCAUCAACAACCUCUUUCAGCUGAUUGCCAAGCAAAUUCUCAUGCAGGGCUUUCUUGUUUUCGCGCCUGGAUUCGGCCCUGCCUAUUUCCAAGAACACAUGGACAAGCUUAGCUCUUGGCUUGCCGAUGGCACUUUCAAGUCAAAGCUGCACUUCACAGAGGGCAUUGACAAGGCUGCCGAAGGUUUUGUAGACAUGCUCGAGGGAAGAAACUUUGGCAAGGCCAUUCUCCGAAUCAAAUCCCAGAAAUAA